AUGUCAGCACUGAUGACAACUAGUUAUACCUUGGACAGGUCAGGUAAGAAUCUUACUAAUCUAGCCACUGGCUUACAUUCCACACCAUUCCAGCACAGAGCAGGACAUGUUUCCCCCAACCUAGCCUUAAAUCCUGGUUUGGUUUACGAUAUUGGCACAAGUGGUUACGACGCCUUUCUUUGUUCUAUUGGAUACACUGCAAAGCAGAUUUCGAUAUUUGUCAAAGACAGGCAUGUGGAUUGCGAAUCACAUAGGUUGUCGAGUCCCGGUGACUUAAACUACCCAGCAUUUGCAGUCAUCUUCAGAGACGGAACAAUGGACACAGUAACGUACAAAAGAACGGUUACAAAUGUUGGAAGUUCGCCAAGUCCAGUUUAUGAUGUUCGUGUUUUUGCUCCUGCAUUGGUUAAGAUCAGUGUUACACCAAGUAGGCUUGUGUUUAGCGAGACUAACACAAGUUUGCAUUAUGAAAUCACGUUCACAUCGAAGGUAAUGAGUGCAGAGAAACCGGAAUUCGGGUCAAUAGAAUGGCACGGUGAUUCUCAUGUUGUAAAAAGUCCAAUUGCCUUUACCUGGGGUAAUUCUACUACCAGCUUGAUUUCUUCACAGUAA